AUGACAAAAAAAUUGCACGAAAGUGGUUAUCAUUCAUCUGCUACUACAUUUUCUAACGGUUGUAAAAAUUUCAAACAUAUUCAUGAAGUUGUUAAAAUACAUGAAGAAUCAUCAACUCACAGGCACUCAGUAGAAGCCUUUAUUCAAUCAUCUAAUGAUAAAUCUAUUGAAUUUGUUAAAUUUCUCGGUCGUCAAAAUUUGCCAUUCAGAGGUCCUAAAAACUCUGAAAGCUUAUAUAAGUGGGACGAUGAAGACAAUUUGAACAAUGGAAAUUUUUUGGAGUUGGUGAAGUUUACAGCUAAACGUAAUGCUACGUUAUACAAACAUUUGAAUUCCGCUAUAGAGAACAGCAAACGCAGAAAAGUAAACUUAGAAAAGAAAUCAUUAACUUCUUGUGGUAGGGGUUCACUGGUAACUUUACUGUUUAAAACUACCGUGAAUAAAGUUGUUUUAUCUAUCAUGAAGUCAAUAAGGGAUAGAAUUAAAUUGGAAUCGGGUGAACAAAAUUUCAGUUUACAAAUUGAUAGUACACAAGGUGUUGGUGUUUUAGAUCAGGCUGCAGUGUGCAUACGGUACAUUUAUGAAGGUAAAGUAAAAGAAAGACUAUUUGCUUUAUUAAAAGUGGUUGAUUCAUCAGGAAAUGGCUAUUAUAAAAUGUUAAAAAAACUUUUUUCUGAAUAUUCCAUUAAGUUUGAUCGUAUUAUUGGUGAAUCAUUUAACGGUACAACAAACAUGAAAGGAGAGUAUUCAGGUUUACAAUCUAAGAUUAAAAGUCAAGAAAACCAAAAAAGCAUUUAUAUAUGGUGCUAUAGUCAUGUGCUUAACUUAUGUGUAUGUGAUACAUGUAGAAAUAUGGAAGCUAAAAAACUGUUUGGAUUUUUGAAUGGAUUAUCAACAUUUUUUAGUGAAUCUUAUAAACGUAUGCACGUAUGGUUACAUGAAAUUGAUUCAAGUUUGGGAUCAAAUAAAUUGAAAAAGCUUCAAAAAAUAAGAGAAAACAAUACGCGAUGGUGGUCUCGAAAAAAAGCUCUGUUUUGGAUUUUUGAUUGUGAUAAAUGUCUUUUUCCUAUAGUUAUUAGUGCUUUACAUCAUAUUUCUAUUUCCAAAAAUUUUGAACCUAAAGUUUGUUCAGAAGCAUCUUCUUUAUUAGAUAAUUUAUUAUCAUCUUCUUCUUUACCUGUUACUAAGAAUAUCAGGAAAAAAAGAAUAUAUGAUGAGCUAUGUGAAGAUGAAACACCGGAGUUAUCAUUAAACAAGUUCAGAGUUGAAACAUAUCAAACAAUAAUUGACCAGAUUACUAAUAGUCUAAAUGAACGUUUCACCGAUAAUAAUCAAUUGAUAGCAGAUGUUCAAUACUUGAUCCCUAAAAAUUUUAAACAAAUAGAACAAAUGCCAAAUACAGCUUUAAAACACUUGGCAAAUUUAGCAAAUUUAGACCAUGAACAACUUUGUUUAUAA